AUGAGCAGUUCUGGAAAGCACAGGCCGGCUGCGUGUAGGAGAUGCAAAGAUCGGCAUUUGCGAUGCGACGGAGGCAACCCCUGUAAAAACUGCAGACAGGCCAGCUCAAAGUGUGACCGUAGCGCCAAGAGCUUCAAAUUUCGACACGAGCCAAUACCGAAGCGCAGGUUCCAUUUCUCGUCGGAUCAGAAAUGGGUUGGCCUGCCUCGGAAAGGUCGACUCCACUACGUCCAUGUGAAUCCGGACGGUCGUCAGGAAAGCGACGACGACGACGAAGAUGAUGACGCCGAAGAGAGCCAGCCUGAUGCCGCCGGCUCUAAUACUUCUCCAUCACCCAGCUCCAUGAUAUGGAGAAAGGGCCAGAAACCACAUUCACUUCCAGCAUCUACCUCCGUGAACACUAGCCAUGACCGCCAUGAAGAAGGACUUGGGCAGAGCCAUCGAGACUCGAGACACUAUAGCGUUUCCAGUUUCAAUGCAGUCGCGGGCUCCAAUGAAACUUCUCCACAGUCAGCGUCUUACUAUGCCCACACUUCUGCAUAUGACUGCUUGUCUCAACCUUCCGACCAACCCCUGAAUGCUUUCCCGACACAGCGAGACCAUUACCGUCUGGGGCCUUUGAAAGGCGUUCCCCAAACCUUCUCGGACGCCUCCUACACCAGUGACCUGCAGGAAGCAUGCUUGAUACGCUACUUUGUGGAGAGACUAGCUCACUGGUUCGACUCAACGGACCGGGACCGACAUUUCGCCCUGACAGUCCCCGGCCGAGCCAUGUUCUGCCCAGUACUUCGAUACGCCCUCUUGACAGCAUCCGCCGGCCACAUGCGACAAGCCCUAAAAUGCCGCAACAACAGCAACGGCACCGUCAUCUUCGACGGCAUCCCGUUGCCAGGUCUCAGCGAAGACUCAGCGAUCCGGUACCACAACAUCUGCAUCUCCUACCUGAUCGAGAUCUCCAAAGACCCCAACGAAGACUACAACGAAGACGUGCUAACCGCAGCGACGAUCCUGCGCUUCUACGAGCAACUAGACGCCCCCUCAAUCGGCACCGACACCGAAGCGUACCUGAAAGCGGUGCAGUUCAUCGUACACACGCAAAACAACGACUCGUUCUACGCGGCGCAAACCAUCCACGGCCCAACACACGACACCAACAUCCACUCGUCGCCGGCGAUCUCGCUGCGCCACGCAGCCUGCCUGAUCGCGCUGCGACAAGAGAUCUGGAGCGCAUUCCUGCACCAACGGCCCGUGCGGCUGCCCAUCUCCCCGCAGAACGACUACGACGCCUUCCCGACCACCUGCGACUUCAUCUGGGCCAACCGCAUCCUCGUCUGGUGCGCCGACCUCCUCAACUUCACCUUCGACAGCCACACCAACACCAAGUACCCGACGCAGGCAUCGCGUCUCGCGAAAUGGAACUCCCUGAAAGCCUUCGAGACACACUGGAACACCCACAAGCCCCUCUCCUACAAACCGGUCUACUAUGCUGCCCCUGAGCCGGAGAAGGCGUCUUAUUUCCCGACUAUCUGGCUCAUGAAUGAUAGCCAGGUGGUGGCUGAGCAGCAUAUGGAGCUGGGCCGGAUUCUGCUCGCUGUGUCGAAUCCCGGGAUGCAGCGGCUGGGGGCCGGGGCUGGGGCGCUGAACCGGGGCCUGGAGGCGGAGUUGAGGGCUAUUACGAGGAGGGUUAUUGGGUUGGGGUUGGGGAAUCGGGCGGGACCCCCGGCGUUGGUGACGAGUGCGGUUGGGAUCUCGAUUUGUGGGGAGUAUUUUGAUGAUCCUGGGGAGAGGGAGGCGUUGGUGAGGUUUUUGGUGGACUUGGAGUUUGAGUAUGCGUGGCCUACUAGUGCGAUAGUGGCGGCGUUGAGAAGUGCUUGGGCGGCGUAG